UAUACUUAAUAACAUUUAAUAAACAGAAAUUCAUCAAAUUGUAUCUCUUGUUUGGUUAAUCUCAUAUUGUAAGAUGCGGAUAUAGAGUAAAAUAUUAUAUCAAACUUAACUACUUUCUGUAUUUCUAUAUAAACUAUAAGUAUUAUAUAAAAAGUAGCUCCUAACUCUUUAAUGCACGCUUCGAUUAAAAUAUUUUUGAUGGGAAAUUAUCCAUUUCAGCUAUAAUACUUAUCAAACCGUCAACUAUGGAUGGAAACAACCAAAUGGAUCCUUCGAUGGGCUGAUGGGACGGUUUCAGCGCUAUGAACUUGACUUGGCUCAGCUGGCGAUCUUCAUGAGGCUGGAUCGUAUUGCUUUAGUUGAUUUUGUGGCCGAGACUUAUCGAGUGAGAGCUGGGAUUAUGUUCAGGCAACCCCCGCUUUCGGCAGUUGCCAAUAUAUUUGCAAUGCCCUUUGAGAACGACGUGUGGGUUUCGAUAUUAAUGCUCCUGAUCAUAACGACUGUGGUUUUGGUUCUAGAACUGCUCUUUUCCCCCCACACCCACGAUAUGGCCUACAUGGAUACCCUGAAUUUUGUUUGGGGGGCUAUGUGUCAGCAGGGUUUCUACGUGGAGGUGCGGAACCGAUCGGCAAGAAUCAUUGUCUUUACCACUUUUGUUGCAGCUCUUUUUUUGUUCACCUCAUUCUCGGCAAAUAUUGUUGCUCUACUCCAGAGUCCCUCGGAUGCCAUCCAGUCUUUGUCUGAUCUUGGACAAUCUCCCCUAGAAAUUGGUGUUCAGGACACCCAAUAUAAUAAAAUAUACUUCACAGAGUCUACAGAUCCUGUUACGAAGAAUCUAUACCAUAAGAAGAUCGCCUCAAAGGGAGAUAAUGUCUACAUUCGACCGAUUUUAGGAAUGGAAAAAAUGCGCACGGGUUUGUUCGCUUACCAGGUGGAACUCCAGGCAGGUUACCAAAUCGUCAGCGACACCUUCAGUGAGCCCGAAAAGUGUGGAUUAAUGGAGCUUGAGCCAUUCCAACUGCCCAUGCUGGCUAUUCCAACGAGAAAGAACUUCCCUUACAAGGAACUCUUUAGAAGACAAUUACGCUGGCAGCGAGAAGUGAGCCUGGUAAAUCGCGAGGAACGAAAGUGGAUUCCCCAGAAGCCCAAGUGCGAGGGUGGUGUGGGUGGCUUUGUUUCCAUAGGCAUCACCGAGUGCCGAUAUGCUUUGGGGAUUUUUGGCUGUGGAGCUGCCGCCAGUUUUGGCCUAUUCCUCUUCGAGUUCAUCUUCAAGCACUUUAAACAAGUUUAUCGCAUAUUUAAGGGAUACCGAGAGAUGCAGCCCUAG